AUGCUGAUUGUGCUUGUAGAUGACAGUGCUUGUUUUCUUCACUGGAAUGAGGAUGGUUUGCCAGCACUACAGAAAAAUAAACCUGCAGAGAUUCCAGUGGAUGAGCAAAUUCCCAUUGAAGAACGUGUCAUCGAAGAGCAGAAGAUCGAUGCAGGGUCUGAGAAAAAUCUUCAGAUUCCCAUAGAAGAAGUCAUUGUAGAACAGAAAAGCAAUGAAGAAUCUGAGAAUUGUCUUCAGGUUGAAAAGCCUUCGGAAUCAUCGGAGGAAACAUUAAAGACUCUGUUUGUUGAUUGUAGAGAAGAACCUUCGGAAUAUGAGGAAGAUGUUUUUUACACAGUUAAGUCUGGAGAGUCAUCUGAAACAUCAGGACCAUCAGAGUCUCUACAUGCUGAUGAUGUAUUUUACACAGUUAAGUCUGGAGAGUCAUCUGAAACAUCAGGACCAUCAGAGUAUCUACAUGCUGAUGAUGACAAAGAAUCUUCGAAAUCUGUAACGGCUGAAAAUGCUGAAUAUUGUCCAGAGCAAAAGGCGCAACCUCCAGUUCCUGACUAUCUGGCAGGAAUGACAGUGGUUAAUGAGGAUCCAUCGAACAAUUAUUACGACUGGAAGAAAAUUGGAGCGGGAGGAUUUGGAUCUGUGUAUAAAGUCUGGAUGCAAAAUUCACAGAUCCCCGUGGCUUUAAAAAUUGCAGAAAUCAAAAAGAGAGACGCUGUGAAGAUCCGAGAAUUGCAGGAGGUCAACAUCUUGAAGAAACUUUCCGGUCACAAAAACAUUGUGACACAUUUUAGUUCAAUGAUCUACGUCACUCCAGAACGGAGCCAGUUAUGGUUCACUAUGGAAUAUUGUAUGGGGGGAUCUUUGAAACAACUAAUUGAUAGGGCAAUAGAUAAAUCCCUCCCAGAGAAGAGUAUCCAGUACAUCUCUAGAGAAGUGCUAGAGGGUUUGAACUACAUGCACGAGAAUUGUAUUGUGCACCGUGAUGUAAAAUCGGUGAAUAUCACGAUAAACCAUCGAGGGACAGUCAAGAUCAUUGAUUUUGGUUCGGCUGUGCAGCUGAAAAGACCAGACGGCGACAUAACUGGGGCUUGCGGAACGCCCUGUUGGAUGGCACCCGAAGUCGUUGCCUGCAGAUUGAACCAGCGAGGGACAUACAACUUCAAGUGCGACAUCUGGUCAUUUGGCAUUACCGUCAUAGAGAUGGCAGAAGGACGGCCACCUUACUGUAAAAAGCCCAGGAUCAAAGUCAUGUCCCGCAUAUACAAAAGGAAACCACCACGUCUAAAAUACAAAAAGUACUGGAGUGAAGAUUUUAAAGAUUUCUUAGGCCAGUGCCUGGUUAAAUCACCUGAGCGAAGACCAACAGCCAAACAACUUCUUGACCACCCUUCUAUGAAGGAACAACCACAUGCUGAAUGUGUCGGAGCUUUCUUAAGGGAAUAUGCCACAGUCGUUGGAUAA